AUGGCUCCUCCAACUUACACCAACUCCCAGGGUUGUCCUAUCCCUGAGCCUUUUGCUACCCAGAGAGUCGGCCAGCACGGUCCUUUGCUCUUGCAAGACUUCAACCUCAUUGACUCUCUUGCUCACUUUGACAGAGAGAGAAUUCCAGAGAGAGUUGUCCACGCCAAGGGCUCUGGUGCCUACGGUGUCUUUGAGGUGACUGACGACAUCACCGACAUCUGUUCCUCCAAGAUGUUCGAGCACGUUGGUAAGAAGACCAGAACCUUCACUAGAUUCUCCACCGUCGGUGGUGAGUCUGGUUCUGCCGACACCGCCAGAGACCCAAGAGGCUUCUCCACCAAGUUCUACACCGAGGAAGGUAACUUGGACUGGGUGUACAACAACACCCCUGUUUUCUUCAUCAGAGACCCAUCCAAAUUCCCUCACUUUAUCCACACCCAGAAGAGAAACCCAGAGACCAACUUGAAGGACGCCAACAUGUUCUGGGACUACUUGUGUAACAACCCAGAGUCGAUCCACCAAGUUGUCAUCUUGUUCUCCGACCGUGGUACCCCUGCCUCUUACAGAGAGAUGAACGGUUACUCCGGCCACACUUACAAGUGGUCUACAAAGGACGGCAACUGGCAUUACGUCCAGGUGCACAUGAUCUCUGACCAGGGCAACAAGGGCUUGACCAACGAAGAGGCUACCGAAUUGGCUGGUACCAACCCAGACCACGCCCAGGAGGACUUGUUCAAGAACAUUGCCAAGGGCAACUUCCCAUCGUGGACCUGUUACAUCCAGACCAUGACCCCUGAGCAGGCCAAGCAGGCUCCAUUCUCUGUCUUCGACUUGACCAAGGUCUGGCCACACAAGGACUACCCAAUGAGAAGAUUUGGUAAGUUGACUUUGAACGAGAACCCUAAGAACUACUUCGCUGAGGUUGAGCAGGCUGCUUUCUCUCCUUCCCACACUGUGCCAUACCAGGAGGCCUCUGCCGACCCUGUGUUGCAGUCGAGAUUGUUCUCUUACCCAGACACUCACAGACACAGAUUGGGUACCAACUACUCCCAGAUCCCAGUCAACUGUCCUGUUGCUUCUCAGGUGUACGCUCCUCACAUCAGAAACGGUGCUAUGACUGUGAACGGCAACUUGGGUUCCACUCCUAACUACGUGUCUUCCUUCAACCCAAUGCAGUUCCGUGAGUUCUCUCAGCAGCAAGACCAGGAGGUCUGGACCGGUGCCGCUUGUCCAUUCCACUGGAAGGCCACCGAUGCUGAGUACACCCAGGCUACUGCUUUGUACCACGUGUUGGCUAAAUACCCUAACCAGCAGAGAAACUUGGCCCACAACGUUGCUGUGCACGCUGCUGGUGCCGACCCAAGUGUCCAGGACCGUGUGUUCGAGUUGUUCACCAGAGUGCACCCAGACCUUGGAGCCGCCAUCAAGAAGGAGGUUUUGGAGCUCUCUCCACGUAAGUAA